GAUCUCAAAGAACCAGUGAAAUAAUACUGAAACUUUCCAAGUAAAUCCUGCUGAGUCCAGGUGUAACAAGUGGUCAUCAGGCAGCUACUUCCUCACCUUCAAGCUGCUAACAACAACAACAACUAUAUACUACCGUAGUUCAACCAUGGCUGUGCCCAGUGCCCACCACUAGCACUAGUCAUAUGGAAAUAUGCUAUUGCUAGGUAGGCAAUAAAGUAGGGAAGCCAUUCAGGGCUGAUUGGUGCACAAAAUUAGUAGUUCACGGGUCACGGCUGCACUCCUGUUCGUUCGUUUGAUUGUGAGUGACCUUGGUCAGAAGUUGGUCUUGUCACUAAACACUGACUGCUGCGUUUCUUUGCUAAAGCUUUUAAAUAGCAAUUAUUUAUUCCAGUCAAUCUAUUUUCUGGCUGAGAUGAGUGACAGUCAAGAAGAAGGUACUGGUCAAGAAAUCAGCAAGCCAGCUGGAAGUCCUUUAACUGAUGACACGAAUCAGACAAAUGGCAGUGGAAGAGAAAGCCCCAGCAUCAGUGAAGGAUCUUGGGUGGCUGAGACAGGCUGCUUGGGAUCCCGCUGCUGUGAUCCCAAACAAGGCCCCUAUAGAUUAGUGGGUUUUAUCUUCAUUUGCUUCAUUGGUUUUGGCAACACCUUCUGUUACUACAGUCCAGCAUCCUUACAAAACGAGAUCAAGACAGAUAUGAAUGUCUCAACUCUGCAGUUCUCCACCCUGUAUUCUCUAUACUCAUGGCCAAAUGUUGUGCUGUGCUUUGUUGGUGGCUUCCUCAUUGAUAGAAUAUUCGGGAUCAGACUGGGUACGCUCAUCUUCUCAACAAUUGUGACUGUUGGUCACUUCAUCUUUGCGUUUGGUGCACUUAUUAAUGCAUUCUGGUGCAUGCAACUUGGUCGAUUUGUUUAUGGCGUUGGUGGUGAGAGCUUGAUAAUAGCACAGAGUGCCUACGCCGUAAGCUGGUUUAAAGGCAAGGAGCUGAACACCGUGUUUGGCCUAAUAAGUACCAUGACCAUGGUUGCCUCUACCGUCAACUUCCUUGUCAUGGAGCCCAUCUAUAACUGGGUUGAUCAGACGCACGUCGGGCAUGUUGCGUUGGGAAUUACCCUCGCCGUCGGUGGCUUCACUUGCGUUUUCUCGCUCAUUUGCGCCAUAGUUCUUGCUAUCUUAGAUAGAAGACGAAGCAAGGUUCUACGUGUGGCAUCAGCUGAAGUUGGAGAGAAAAUUCAACUGAAAGAUAUCGGUAAAUUCCCGCUGAGCUUCUGGCUGAUCAGUAUUACCUGUGUCACCUUCUACCCUACCAUCUACCCUUUUAUUGGACUCUCCAAAGUUUUCUUCAUGUACAAGUACGGGUUAAGCAGUGCUAAAGCAAACUCUGUAUCCAGCGUCGCGAACAUAAUCUCAGCGUUUGCGUCACCAAUGUUUGGCUUUGUUGUGGACAAGACGGGACGUAACAUCAUGUGGGUUGGCCUUGCCUGCCUUGGAACCAUGGGCGCACAUGCGAUCAUGGCCUUCACAUUCAUCAACCCCUACAUCCCUAUGUGCAUAAUGAGCCUGUCUUGCUCGCUGUUGGCGUGCUCUCUCUGGCCAAUGGUGGCUCUCAUCCUGCCUGAGUCGCAGCUGGGCACUGCUUACGGCAUAAUGCAGAGUAUUCUAAACCUGGGGCUGGCGCUGAUCAGCAUGCUAUCAGGAUUUUUAGUUGACAACUACGGCUACCUGAUGAUGGAAGUGCUCAACUUGAUAUGUCUCAGCCUGGCUGUGGGCAGCACGGGCGUGAUCUACGUGGUAGACAUGAUACAAGACGGCGGCUACCUCAUGAAGCCUAACAAGGAGCGAGGCAUUGUGUCUCCUCGGGUGGAAAAACUUCUGAAAGAAGCCGCGCUCAAGAAGAUCAGUGAGAACGAGGACAAGGAUGGCAAGCUGUCAAAAACUGAUGAGGGUGAAAAGGUCGUCAUGGAGGAAAUAGAGAAAAAGGAGCCAGUCGACCAGGAGAGCAAACUCGGCAUUGCCUGUCACGUUCACUUGAACGUGUAAAAGUAUAAUGUAAACGCUAGACGUACGAAAACGCUCCAGAGCGUAACCAUCAGGCACGUCACCGCGAGCUCAGUGCUGCCAAGCGCUAGUCGCUCACGGUUCUCCUGUUAAGUGCUCGUGUCUUCGUUUGUCUAGGACGAAGACAGGAGACCUUCUUGUGUCUUAUGAUUAUUAUUUCAUGAAUUGUGUCACUAGGAGAGUGAUUUUGUAUCGAGUGAAUGCAUGAAUGUCGCAAUGCUGUAGAAGAACAUAUCAAUAAAUUACAAAUAUUGACGGUUCUUGUUUAGAGUGAGGGACGCGCGCCCUCUUAAAGAAUGCCGCCAUAGAGUGAGGGUCGCCGUACUUCGGUCGGCAGAGCAGAAAGCUGAGUCAAGUAAUAGGAGUCAUUGUAUUGUUUCCACUAUUGUAGUGAUAUCAAAGAAGAGAGCUCAUGUUUUUCAUUUUGACAAAGUGAUGUAUGAUGGAAGUUUGCACGAGAAGCAGUCAUUAAAUAUUCUUUCUGUGCGCUCCUUAUUCGCCCGCGGCCGCCAGAUGGAUAAACCACGUCUUGACAUUCAAAAAAGGCACGCCUGCUCUGACGUCGUGUGAUUGGUGCUGUUGAGAGACUAACUAAGAUUACUAGCUUAGUUGCCUAUCUUAUGUAGCUGAUUUCUUGUGCUCUGACAUACAGCUUAAAUUAGUUUGAAUCGCUGGAAGUUGUGAAAUGUCCAUACUUUGGGCUCCAUACUUUGGGCUUUUGUUCUGAGAAAGAAAAGUUUUUAAAUUUCUCUUUAUUUAAUGCUGUAGUACAUUCCGAAUAUUUAUGUUCAAUGCAAUAAUAAUUAGUUAAUCAUGCCUAUUUAAACGCUCAUAGAAUAACAAAAUUGAUGCAAUAGUUAUGAUGCAAUUCUAUAUGUGCAGGUUUUUUAUGCUGACAAGGUAGAAUAAAUGGUGAAUUUGGA